GCACAUUUCCUUCCUAGUCUUUGCUUCUCUUAUCUGGGAGAUUUUUUUUCCCCCCCCAAGCAAAGCAUGAACAGUUGUUAAGUGGAAAAUGGAGGCUGAAUUUUACAUGGCGAUUCUUACCUGCUUGAUCUUCGGGAAUUCAGAGGGGUUUCAGAUUGUCCAUGUCCAUAAACAAGAGUGCCUUUCCAAAAAUAAGAGAGUGGUCGUGGGUUUGUGCGAUGGGACCAACCAGAACCAGCAGUGGAUGUGGACUGAGGAUGGAAAACUGCUUCAUGUUAAAUCGGCUCUGUGCCUGGGCAUCUCCAAUUCUUCUCGAGGCCCUUCCCUAUCAGCUCUCUCUACCCAAUGCUCCCAGGCCCCCCGAUGGACUUGCCAUGAGCAAGAAGGGUUCCUUGAGGUGGAAAAUACCUCUCUCUUUCUCAAGAAACAAGGCUCCAAGGUAGUGGUCAAGAAGGACAGGAAAUACCUCCAUAGCUGGAUGAAAAUAGAGAUCAACCAGCAGGGAAAACCGGUCAAUGGGAGCCUCUGCUUAAAAAAAGCUGGCCUGGGAGCAGAAGUUUCAGUAAGGAGCACUAGAAACACGGCUCCACCCCAAAACCCCACUACUCUUAAUGCAGUUCCAUAUAGCCCGGAACACCUUCUUAGGAACACCACAGAGGCCUUCACCAGGAGCACAACAGAACGUUACAGCCACAGCAGCAGACAGAGUCAGCACCCCCAUCUGCAGAUGACUGGAACGACAGAGACAUCUUGGGUCCCCUGGACGACUCAACCCUUCCCCAGCACCACUGAACAGGCCGGCCCCGGGCAGCCCGUGAGAUGCAACGUCACCGUGACCGAGUCGGCGGCGGCCAGCCGCUCCGCGUCCCUGCGGUGGAGAACCUCGGGGUCCCCCUGCAACUUCAGCCUCGCCUACGGCAGCGACACGGCCGGGGUGGCCUGGUGCCACCCCACGCGGAUGGACAACGCCACCUACGGCUGCCACCCGGAGGACCUGCAGGCGGGAACCCUCUACCACUUCAGGAUUGUGUCUCUGGAUGGAGAAGAGACCACGGUGCUCUUGCAAACAGAUCCUUUACCACCUGCUAAGUUUGAAGUCAAUGAAGAGAAGACGACUUCAACGAGCUUGCAUGUUUGGUGGACUCCUUCUUCUGGAAAAGUCACCUGGUAUGAGAUAGAGUUGUUUGACAAUGACCAAAAGAUACAGGAGACUCAAAUUCAAGAAAGUACUUCAUUGAACGAACAUACAUUUUUUAACCUCACUGCUGGUAGUAAAUACAGUAUUGCCAUCACAGCUGUUUCUGGAGAGAAACGUUCCCUUACAAUUUACACCAAUGGAUCCACAGUGCCAUCCCCAGUGAAAGAUAUCAAUAUUUCAGCAAAAACCAAUUCUCUCCUGAUUUCCUGGUCCCAUGGCUCUGGGAAUGUGGAAAGCUACCAGCUGAUGCUGAUGGAUAAAGGGAACCUCGUUUGUGGCAAUGUCAUGGACAAACAUGCUACUUCCCACAGUUUUAAUGACCUGAUACCUGGCCACCUCUAUAACCUGACCAUUGUGACCGAGGCUGCAGGGCUGCAAAACUACAGAUGGAAACUGGCCAGGACAACCCCCAUGGAAGUAUCAAAUCUGAAGGUGACAAACGAUGGCACUUCGACCUCUCUAAAAGUCAAGUGGCAAAGACCUUCUGGAAAUGUGGAUUCCUACAACAUUACUCUGUUUCACCAAAGGACUAUAAAAGAAUCCAGAGUAUUAGCACCCCAGUUUACUGAAACUCAAUUUAAAGACUUAACCCCUGGACGACUUUAUCAAGUUACCAUCAGCUGUGUCUCUGGUGAAUUGUCUGCUCAGAAGAUGGCAGUGGGCAGAACAGUUCCAGAGAAAGUUGGGAACCUGGAGGCAAACAGCAAUGGUUCCACAAGGUCCCUGGUAGUGAGCUGGUCGCCCCCUGCUGGAGACUGGGAGCAGUAUCGGAUCCUGCUCUUCAAUGAUUCUGUGGUGCUGCUCAACAUCACCCUGGGAAAGGAUGAAACACACUACACCAUAGAUGACAUGGGGCUCAUCCCGGGAAGACAGUAUGAAGUCGAAGUCACCGUGGAGAGUGGGAAUCUGAAGAAUUCUAAGCGUUGCCAAGGCAGGACAGUCCCCCUGGCUGUCCUCCAGCUUCGUGUCAAACAUGCCAACGAGACCUCACUGGGCGUCAUGUGGCAAACCCCGGCAGCAGAAUGGGAGAAAUACACCAUUUCACUAGCUGACAGGGACCUCUUACUCAUCCACAAGUCGCUCCCCAAAGAUGCCAAAGAAUUCACUUUUACUGACCUGGUACCUGGACGAAAAUACAUAGCUACAGUCACCAGUAUUAGUGGAGACUUAAAAAAUUCCUCUUCAACUAAAGGAAGAACAGUGCCUGCCCAAGUGACUGGCUUGUAUGUGGCCAACCAAGGGACAACCAGCAGUCUGUUUACCAACUGGACCCAAGCACUAGGAGACAUAGAGUUCUAUCAAGUCUUACUGAUCCAUGAAAACGUGGUCAUCAAAAAUGAAAGUGUCUCCAGCGAGACCAGCAGAUACAGCUUCCACGCCCUCAAAUCAGGCAGCCUCUACUCUGUGGUGGUAACAACAGUAAGCGGAGGGAUCUCAUCCCGACAAGUGGUGGUAGAGGGAAGGACAGUCCCUUCCAGCGUGAGUGGAGUGACGGUAAACAAUUCUGGUCGGAAUGACUACCUGAGCAUUUCCUGGCUGCCGGCUCCUGGAGAUGUGGAUAACUAUGUGGUGACACUCACUCAUGGAAACAGAGUGGUUCAGUCCCUCGUUAUUGCCAAGUCUGUCAGCGAAUGUGCCUUCAGCUCCCUUACUCCGGGCCGCCUCUACAAUGUGACCAUAACUACAAGGAGCGGCAAGUAUGAAAACCAUUCCUUCAGCCAGGAGCGAACAGUGCCUGACAAGGUCCAGGGAGUCAGUAUUAGCAACUCAGCCAGGAGUGACUAUUUAAAGGUCUCCUGGGUGCACGCUAGUGGAGACUUUGAUCACUAUGAAGUCACCAUUAAAAACAAAAACAACUUCAUUCAAACCAAAAGCGUUCCCAAGGCUGAGAACGAGUGCGUAUUUGUUAAGCUAGUCCCUGGACGGUUGUACAGUGUCACUGUUAGUACAAGAAGUGGACCAUAUGAAGCCAGCGAACAAGGGAAUGGCAGAACAAUCCCAGAGCCCGUUAGGGAUCUAACACUGCGGAAUAGGAGCACCGAAGACCUUCUGGUGACUUGGUCCCGAGCUGAUGGGGAUGUAGACCAAUAUGAGAUCCAACUGCUCUUCAACGAUAUGAAAGUUUUCCCUCCUUUUCACCUCGUAAAUACUGCAACCGAGUAUCGCUUCACCUCCCUGACCCCGGGGCGCCAGUAUAAAAUCCUUGUCUUGACCAUCAGUGGAGAAGUACAGCAGUCAGCCUUCAUUGAAGGCUUCACAGUUCCAAGCGCUGUCAAAAACAUUCACAUUUCUCCCAACGGGGCAACGGACAGCCUGACAGUCUACUGGACUCCUGGUGGUGGUGAUGUUGAUUCCUACACUGUGUCAGCCUUCAGGCAAAAUCAAAAGGUUGAGUCUCAGACCAUCUCGAAGCACGUCUCUGAGUACACAUUCCAGCGGCUGGAGGCUGGGGAAUUGUACCAGAUUGUGAUCGCCUCGGUCAGCGGGUCCCUCAAGAACCAGAUAGACGCAGUGGGGCGGACAGUCCCAGCAUCUGUCCAAGGAAUCAUUGCAGACAAUGCAUACAGCAGUCAUUCCUUAACAGUGAGUUGGCAAAAAGCCGUUGGUGUGGCGGAGAGGUAUGAGAUCCUGCUUCUAAAUGACAACGGGAUCCUUCUGAGUAACACAUCAGAGCCAGCCACCACCAAGCAGCACAAAUUUGAAGACCUAACACCAGGAAAGAAAUACAAGAUACAGAUCCUAACCGUCAGCGGAGGGCUCCUCAGCAAGGAAGCCCAAACUGAAGGCCGAACAGUCCCAGCAGCCGUCACCAAUCUGAGGAUCACAGAGAACUCCACCAGACACCUGUCCUUCAGCUGGACCACCUCAGAGGGGGAGCUCAACUGGUACAACAUCUUUCUCUACAACCCAGACCGAACGCUUCAGGAGAGAGCUCAAGUUGACCCACAAAUCCAAAGCUUCUCAUUCCAGAACUUGCUACAAGGCCGAAUGUACAAAAUGGUGAUUGUCACUCACAGUGGGGAGCUGUCUAAUGAGUCUUUCAUAUUCGGUAGAACAGUCCCAGCUUCUGUGAGUAACCUCAGGGGAUCCAAUCGGAACAUGACAGACAGUCUCUGGUUCAGCUGGAGUCCAGCCUCCGGGGACUUCGACUUUUAUGAGCUGAUUCUCUACAACCCCAAUGGCACGAAGAAGGAGAACUGGAGAGACAAGGACCUAACAGAAUGGCGUUUCCACGGCCUCGUUCCUGGACGGAAGUACACGCUGUGUGUGGUAACUCACAGUGGGGACCUCAGCAACAGGCUCACAGGGGAGAGCAGAACAGCCCCAAGUCCUCCCAGUCUUAUGUCAUUUGCGGAUGUUACAAACACCUCCUUGGCCAUCACCUGGAAGGGGCCACCAGACUGGACAGACUAUGAUGACUUUGAGCUGCAGUGGUCCCCCCGAGAUGCAAUCACAGUCUUCAACCCCUACAGCAACAGAAAAUCAGAAGGACGAAUCAUACAUGGUCUUCGUCCAGGCAGAUCCUAUCAAUUUAGUGUCAAGACUGUCAGUGGUGACUCCAAGAAAACCUACAGCAAGCCAAUAUUUGGAUCUGUGAGGACAAAGCCAGACAAGAUACAGAACCUGCAUUGCCGGCCUCAGAACUCCACGGCCAUUGCCUGCUCUUGGAUCCCUCCUGACUCUGACUUUGACGGCUAUAGCAUUGAGUGUCGGAAAAUGGACACCCAAGAAGUUGAGUUUUCCAGAAAGCUGGAGAAAGAAAAGUCUCUGCUCAACAUCAUGAUGCUCGUGCCCCAUAAGAGGUACCUGGUGUCCAUCAAGGUGCAGUCGGCUGGCAUGAGCAGCGAGGUGGUGGAGGGCAGCACCAUCACAAUGAUAGACCGGCCCCCUCCUCCACCACCACACAUCCGCGUGAACAAAAAGGAUGUGCUCAUCAGCAAAUCCUCCAUCAACUUCACUUUCAACUGCAGCUGGUUCAGUGACACCAACGGAGCUGUGAAGUACUUCACAGUGGUAGUGAGAGAGGCCGACGGCAGUGAUGAGCUGAAGCCAGAACAACAGCACCCUCUGCCCUCCUACCUGGAAUACAGGCACAAUGCCUCCAUCCGGAUGUAUCAGACCGAUUAUUUUGCCAGCAAAUGUGCCGAAAGUCCUGACAGCAGCUCCAAGAGCUUUAACAUUAAGCUUGGGGCAGAGAUGGAGAGCCUGGGUGGAAAAUGCGAUCCCAAUCAGCAGAAAUUCUGUGACGGACCACUGAAGCCACGCACGGCCUACAGAAUCAGCAUUCGGGCUUUUACACAGCUGUUCGAUGAGGACCUGAAGGAAUUCACGAAGCCGCUCUAUUCAGACACGUUUUUCUCUUUGCCCAUCACCACAGAGUCAGAGCCCUUGUUUGGAGUCAUCGAAGGUGUGAGCGCCGGGCUGUUCCUGAUCGGCAUGCUGGUGGCCGCUGUUGCCUUGUUCAUCUGCAGGCAGAAAGCCAGCCAUGGUCGAGAGAGGCCCUCUGCCCGCCUGAGCAUCCGCCGGGAUCGACCACUAUCUGUCCACUUGAACCUGGGCCAGAAAGGUAACCGGAAGACGUCUUGCCCAAUAAAAAUAAAUCAGUUUGAAGGGCACUUCAUGAAGCUGCAGGCUGAUUCCAACUACCUCCUGUCCAAGGAAUACGAGGACUUGAAAGACGUGGGUCGAAACCAAUCAUGUGACAUUGCGCUCUUGCCGGAGAAUAGAGGGAAAAAUCGAUACAACAAUAUCUUGCCCUACGAUGCGUCUCGAGUGAAGCUGUCCAACGUGGAUGACGACCCGUGCUCAGACUACAUCAACGCCAGCUACAUCCCCGGCAACAGCUUCCGAAGAGAGUACAUAGCUACCCAGGGGCCUCUUCCCGGCACCAAGGAUGACUUCUGGAAAAUGGCGUGGGAACAGAACGUCCACAACAUCGUCAUGGUGACCCAGUGCGUGGAGAAGGGCCGGGUAAAGUGUGACCACUACUGGCCAGCGGACCAGGAUUCCCUCUACUAUGGGGACCUCAUCCUGCAGAUGCUCUCAGAGUCUGUGCUGCCCGAGUGGACCAUCCGAGAAUUUAGGAUAUGCAGCGAGGAGCAACUCGAUGCACACAGGCUCAUCCGCCACUUUCACUACACGGUGUGGCCAGACCAUGGGGUCCCAGAGACCACCCAGUCCCUGAUCCAGUUUGUGAGGACCGUCAGGGACUACAUCAGCCGGAGCCCUGGCGCCGGGCCCACUGUGGUGCACUGCAGUGCUGGCGUGGGUAGGACUGGGACCUUUAUCGCCUUGGACCGAAUCCUCCAGCAAUUAGACUCCAAAGACUCCGUGGACAUUUACGGCGCAGUGAACGACCUGAGGCUUCACAGGGUUCACAUGGUCCAGACUGAGUGUCAGUACGUAUACCUACAUCAGUGCGUAAGAGAUGUCCUCAGAGCACGGAAGCUACGGAGUGAACAAGAAAACCCCUUGUUUCCAAUCUACGAAAAUGUGAAUCCAGAGUAUCACAGAGACACGGGCUAUUCAAGGCAUUGAGAAUGUAUCUGAAGAUCUCUCGGAUAAAAUGUAUUCACUGCGUGAUUUAAAAACAAAAACAAAACAAAAAAACAGAACAAAACAAAAAUCAAAAAAAAAAAAAAAAACUUGCUUCAUGCCCCACAGAGGUGUCAGCUAUUUCUGUUGAUACAAUGUAUAAUUUAUUAAUCUGCAGAAUUUUAAAGAAUUUAUGUAAUUUAAAGGUAACAGAUAUUAUUGUACAUAGUUGUAUUUUGUAGUUUCUUCUGUACAUAUGUAUUUUUUCAUAAUGUUUAAUAUUAAGCUUUAUAUAAUACUAUUUUUCCACACUAAAGUGUUCAUGGAUUGUUCUACGUAAACUAAUUCAGCCUGUGUAACAGGACUACCGGUAACAUAUGUCUGGAAGGGGUUGCAGAGGUGAUCCCAUGGGCCACGGUUUUGACCUGUUUUGAUAUCUGCUGGUCAGGAUAGAGGGCAGGGCUGGAGAAAGCAUGUAAUACAGCUGGCUUUCCUGCAUUGCUCUUCUAGGAAUCUAGGGAUCUGAAGAUGAUCCAAAUGUUAUUUGGACGAAUGUAACAGUCAAAACCGGAUUAAGCAGCACCAAAGCUGAAGUAGGUGGUUAUUGCUAAGCUAGUUCAUCUCUCCCCCUUCGCCUGCCAGAGGUUCAAGCCAAAGUGGUCAGUUCAGGGGCCACAUAAUUUACAGAGUGGUCCAGGCUGCAGGGUUGAGGAUUCUGAGAGAGAACGAUCCAAACAGAAGAGAUGAAUUCCUUGUAUCGAGAAGAUUGCCUCCUGUACCCUUAACUGGAAACCAAAUCAACAUGCAAAGUGCUGUCCGUAGUGACUGGAGAUUAUUUACUACAUUCGUAGUGUGUGAACCACACACACCCGAACUAUAAAGAGUACGUGGUUGAUGAUGACGCUCAUCUUUGUCUCAUUGCUAGUGGGCUGCAUUCCUGGAAAUGCCAGAAUUAUGUCACUCAUACUUGGUUUUCCCGUUUAAAGAGGAUUGUUGUAGCAGAUUAUAUUUCUGAUCAAAAACUUGAUAUUAACAUCUUUAUAGCAAUGUCAUAUAUAGUUCGUUAAAAAAAAAAAUUAGUGGUGCUUAAUAUAGAAAUUCCCAAAAGACUUUUCUAGUAAGUCACUGAGGUCAAAAUAGCAGUAAUCACCUGAAGAUGCAUUUAACAUAAAAGCCAAGUUUCUCUUCACUAGUUGUGCCUAUUUUGACUAUAACAAAUUUCAGUGGGUUAGAAAGUAGGCAUUACCCUCCCCAAGGUCCAGUUCUGAGGGUGCUUCUGGGGACAAUUUGAAAGGUAUCAUCUAUAGAGAAUCUUCAUGGCUACUUGAGAAAUGAGCUAGGAUGUUUGCCUUUUUCUCACCUACAAAUUUCUCCAUAAUAAACCCAAGAAUUAGAGAUGAAAGUUGUUGACCUCACAGCUUCAACUGCAGAAAGAAUACAUGUCAAAGUGUGUCUUUUUGCUACAUACUGUAAAGUCCCAAAAGUAAUAUAAUGGGUAUAAAUGACAAUCAUCAAAUAUAGCCAAAAUAGUUAUUUAUGGUUAUGUAAAUUUACACACACACACACACACACACACACAAACUCUCCAGGGCUACUUGCAGUUUAUAAAAACAGGGGAAAACUUUACAAGAAAAAAUGUGAAGAGUAAUAAAAGGAUUCCAUGUUUUCACAGCCUCCUUAUGCUCAAUGCCCUUGUGGAAUGGCAGUGUUAGGUCCUGCUCCUGUUUCAGGGAACUAGGUGCAUCUUCUAGAAACGCAAAGGAACAAUAUGUAUGUAAGGGUAGCGGAUGUACCACCCGGAAGAAAACAGAGGUCAGAGAUUUAGGAGAUGUGGUGUCAAUUAGGAAUAACUUUCCCUGCACGAAAAAAAAGAAAAAGAAAAAGCAGGAGAAAACAGAUUUUUUAAACCAAUGCUGCUUGGCACAAAGCACAGUAACACAUGGAAAAAGAAAUCCAUUUGGGGCCUUUCAUUCAUUCAGAAAAGUUUAACCGAGUGCCUGUAACCUGCUAGGUACCGUCCUAGAAAGGACUCAUUUCUACUCAACAAAGAAAAUGUAUCCCAACAGUCAAGUUAGGGUUGUUGUUACUAUUUCCAAUUACGCUUGAAAGAGGACCUUGGGGAGCCAGCGAAAGAGGCAAGCAGACCAGGGCACAAAAAAAGGGCAGACGCUGAAGCUGCUUUAAUAGCAAACCACUAGGGGAUCCCUGGGUGGCGCAGCGGUUUGGCGCCUGCCUUUGGCCCAGGGCGCGAUCCUGGAGACCCGGGAUCGAAUCCCACAUCAGGCUCCCGGUGCAUGGAGCCUGCUUCUCCCUCUGCCUAUGUCUCUGCCUCUCUCUCUCUCUCUGUGACUAUCAUAAAUAAAUAAAAAUUAAAAAAAAUAAAAAAUAAAAAAAAAUAAAAAAAAAAAUAGCAAACCACUAGAUCGAGAAGAGAAAGCAAUCCAUUGCACCAACCAAGAAUUAAAACUGUUGGGAAAAAAAAAAAAAAAAAAACCCUACACGUCUGUAACAGUAAAUACCGUUCGCGUACCCCGGUGUAUCUUGGGUGGCAUCACUGUUAUGGAAAUGGACGCGGCAAGGAAAAACUGUAUGUUCUUUCAGUCUAAUCCAGGAAAUAUUUAUUCCUACCCUCCACCUGUCUAAUUUUAAAUCUCCUUAGCAACAAAUAUUUCACUAUCUUCCCUCCUGCCACCGCCAAGGACUAAAUACAUUAUCUAGUUGAUCUGUUUAUUAAAUUUAGGGGGGGGGGGAAGGUUUCCUUGACAUUCAUCUCGAUUGGACAUAUUUUAAUAUAAUCCCAUCAUGUGUUAGGUCUUGGUAAACAUUCCAUUUCCUGCCGUGGUGGGCAUCCUGUUUGCACCUGUCCACUACACUUGAAUCACCCAGCCGUCAAAGUGCUUGUGAGCUAUCACAUCUUAGGAGAGUCCCGUCUUGCAUCUUAAUAAUUAUUUAUCCAAGUUCUUUAUAAUUAACACCUUUAAUCUCUACUCAUUAAAUCGAUUUCCUAUUAUCAUUCUGCUGCUCCCUGGAUAGCAGCCAGGUUUUCAGCUCUUGAAUCAGAGUUUUCAAAGGCUCAUCUCCCUGUCUGGGCCUGCACAUAUUUGUCCUGAGCAAUUCACCAUCUCUUAACACUUCGGAGUCCCUCUUUUUCACAACUUGUUGCCUUCUCCUCUUUUGAGCAUGUUUGCUUUCCCAGUCGAAUGUGAUUUUAUUUUCUGUUCAUUUUAUCUCCUUCAACUCACUGGCAUUUCAUAGUCUUCUCAGGCUCCACGUUAUAGCAGAGGUGACCAUGGUUUCGCUGUGACAUACUAAAAUGGUCAUGGCCCACAGACAUGUUGGGGACAGUUUUAUUUGGAAGGGUCUUUAAUUAAUUUUGUUAUUACCUCUUGGAGGAAAGCCCAAAAUGACAUGUGAAAAUAAUAUGAAACCACCAAGCAGAUGUCCAGCAAUACAAAAAUAGACCUCACAUGCUAUACUUCACACUCUGAAUCUCUUGCCUUAGUGUCUCAGGAUCCAGUUUCUUAUAUUAAAUAUUCUCCUUACUUUUUUGCAAGAAAAUUACUGGCCAUAUACUGAAUUCCAAAUUACUUGGCUUUCUGAGUCUCUGAGAUUGGAACCUAGAAGUCUAAGCUGGCCGGAUCUGUGUGACAGCAAAUGAUAGGACCUGGCCCCAGCCCUGGGAGGCUCUAGAGUUUCAGUCCACUCACCUGAGCCACCCCAAACGUGACCUGGUAUUGAAAGGCAAUAGGAAAUAAGCUGCUUGUUUGAGGUAGUAGUUCAAGGACUGUCCAGGUUCCAUUUCACAGAGGAAAUGAAAGUAAUUCACCAGCCAAGACAGAGUGGCAAGAAGGAAUGGCUGGUCCUCCCCCAGAUGGCCGUGAGCAGCCCUCGACCCCACCUCACACCUAGGAAGAGUCAGAGUGGAAAGGCCCUAAUCAGCCCAAAAGCCCUGUUACAUUUCUGAAUAUUUUUAACCCAAGAUUUCAAAUCACAUCAAGUAUUCAAGGAAGGUUUCAUAUCAGAGGAAAAUCUGUAAACCAUGACUGCAGAAAACAAAUGAAAUGAUACGAAGAAGGGGAAAUAUCUGAGAAAGGGAAUCUAACCAGAUGUCAUCCGGAAGACAAAAUGGCAUCCUUUCUCUGUGUCCAGACUAUUCUCAGAAGAAUGUCGUAUUUCUAUUAGGACAUAUUAUCCUUGGUGGGGGGGGGGGGGUGCUCUCUUAUUUCAUCAGCCAGAUGAUUUAGCCAAUUAAGCAACUGAAUUGAGAUUCAUUUAGUUUUGUGAAUUGACCAUGUGUUUGACUACAUGGACUUAGCUUGGAAUCCAACCACACUACCUUAGAUUCUUGUAGUGGAUGAUGCCUUUGAAAGUGGCCAUUUUAGUUAAAAUGCAGGGUAACAUUUGAUACAGCCAUGGUAAUAGCAGAAAUCUGCUCUGUUCUAAAAAUGUUUCUAGCAAUGGAAAUAUUUCUGACUAAAAGAAUACUCUUGACUUGUAGGGAGGCUCCCUAGGAAUAAAUGUAUGCAACAAAAAUAAGGCAUUUUAUUUUUUUUAAAGGUUGCCUAUAUAGAUACAUUCAUGAGAUAAGGAAAUUGUUAGUGAAUGCUCUUAAAAAUAGAGGUUUAUGUAAUGGAGAUCAAGAAAUCUAUUAACAGAUUUACCAAAGAUUAUUUUUAUAGCCUAUAUGCCAAUGUACAUGAUCUCACAUAAGUUACGAAAAUAAGUUGUUGAACACUGUGAAUAAUGUCAGACAAAUGUAAUGUGCCCCUUCUAGAGUCAUGUCAAAAAAUGUUAGCUAUGGCUGUUCUCUCUGCCUUAAGUAAUGUCUUUUAGGAAAGACCGUCUUCGCCCUAAGAGCAAGCUUUGUGUUAUGCGUGAGAUGUUGUAUUUUAAUAGCUGAGCCAGUAAAUAAGCAUCCCAGCAGAAAGGAGCAUAUGCAGUUGUAGUGUUAGGAGUGUGUAGCACAGUGGGACAGUGUUCCCUCUGCAAGUCUGGGGAGAGUCUGCAGCGGCCCUUGUGAAAGUUCUUGCUCUCAGCCACACUGACUACCGGGUGCACCCGUGUUCUUGCCUGAAGGGCCCUUGAGCUCUGGUCCCCCAUGUAGGACCCAUCAGGCUGAUAAAUUCUACAAAGACAAGGAUCAAGUCUUCAAUCUUGUCUCUGGUGCUACCUUGUAGAAAUUAUUUCACGGCACACACAUUCAGCAUAUGUUUCUUGAUCAGAAACUGCUGCUGGCCCAGUACUUUGAAUGUUAGGUAGCCAGAGUCCAAAACCACCAUCCACUACGGUCCAAGGAGGUUCAGCUAGCUAUUCCUUGAGUUACGUGCGGCUUGAGUAAACACUGUAAAUAAAUCCAGCAAGUGAACAUAUUAUGUUCUAUAAUAGAGCACUUUUAUGUUUUUAAUAUCAUGUAUUCUUUCUCUGCAAAUCUGGUUAUUUAAAAUGGCAGUAGAUGAUUUUAUUUUUUCAUACUAUUGUACCUCCCCGCAAUACUGUGUUUCUAACCGGCUCUAGUUGAACAAAGAACUUCUCUAGUCUUCCUAUUUAAAUUAUGUAUUUGCUUAAUAUAUUUUCACAUUUGUAACUGUGGUCAAAAAAGCUACCUAGUACCACCUUACAUACCUUCUCACUAGUACAGGAAUAAAACUGCUGUUUGUUGAA